CAAUACCAUCGCUUUCUGGAAGAUAUUGAUUUGAUGGAAACACUUGGAGUCAACAGCUAUAGGUUCUCAAUUUCUUGGGCACGAAUUCUACCUAGUAAGAAUUUUAAGAACUCAGGAUGUUUUCAACAGGAACGUCUGACAUUAAUAAAACAUAAAGCUGAUAUGGAAGUUCUUUCAAUAUGGAUUCAGAAGGGAGAUUUGGAGAUAUUAAUAGGUCUGGCAUUAGCUACUAUAACAAGCUCAUCAAUGCUCUCUUGCUUAAGGGAAUUCAGCCAUUUGUGACGCUAACUCAUUAUGAUAUGCCUCAAGAAUUGGAGGAGAGAUAUGGGGGGUGGCUAAGCCCUAAAUGCCAGGAGGAUUUCGGAUAUUAUGUAGACAUGUGUUUCAAGUACUUUGGAGAUCGAGUGAACUACUGGGUCACCUUCAAUGAGCCAAAUCUACAAGUCAUAAAUGGCUAUCGCACCGGCGAAAGCCCACCCAGUCGCUGCUCCAGUCCUUUUGGGAAUUGCACUCAUGGGGAUUCAGAGAAGGAAACCUUUCUUGCAGCACAUAACAUAAUCUUAGCACAUGCAAAUGCAGUUCAUAUUUAUAGAACAAAAUACCAGAAACAGCAAGGAGGCAGCAUUGGGAUCGUCAUCCAUUGCGCUUGGUUUGAACCUUACAGUAAUUCCACAGCGGACAAUUUAGCCACUGAUAGAGCUCAAGACUUCUUCAUGAACUGGUUCUUGGAUCCAAUCAUCUUUGGAAAAUAUCCUGCAGAAAUGACGAAAAUUCUGGGGUCUGCUUUACCAAAAUUUUCAAGCAAUGACAGAGAGAGACUGAAAAAGGGACUGGAUUUCAUUGGGAUCAAUCAUUACACUGGUUUCUACAUCCAAGAUUGCAGCUUUGUUGUGUGUAAACCUGGACAAGGAGGCUCCAGGACUGAAGGUUUAGCCCAACAAGUCCAAGAAAAGGACGGAGUUCCUAUUGGCAAAUCUAGUGAAGUGGACUGGAUACAUGUUUAUCCACAAGGAAUGGAGAAGAUGAUAACAUAUCUAAAGGAGAGAUACAAUAACACACCUAUGAUCGUUACAGAGAAUGGAUUUGGCCAAGAGAGCUACCUAAACCGCACCAUUGAAGAAUAUCUCCAAGAUAGAGAAAGGGUGGAAUACAUGUCUGGCUAUUUGGAUUCCUUGAUGACAGCUAUGCUGAAAGGAGCAGAUGUGAGGGGCUAUUUUGCGUGGUCCUUGCUUGAUAAUUUCGAGUGGGGACAUGGUUAUACAAGAAGAUUUGGACUUCACCAUGUUGAUUACACCACACUGAAGAGAAUUCCAAGACUAUCAGCAACUUGGUUCAAGGAAUUUAUAGCAAGGUAUAAAAUAACAUCUCAUUCCUGCAGAUUAAAUCCCUUUUAUUGAUCAGCAAACAGUAAUGUUCGAUUAGAGGAGUUAAAUCCUCCAGUUGAAGCCACAAGGCAUUCCCACAAGGGAGAUCCUACCUCGU